AUGCAAUUAAUUCUCAGUUGGUUUGACGCUAAAGAAUUCCCAGUCAGUCCCCACUUCCUAGUCCCUACUCUUGGUGGUUGGUACAUUCAUAUUAAUAUAUACGCCAAAUUAAAAACUUCAAUCAAAAAUUUCUCUAAAGGUCAUGUUUCCAAAAAAUCCAAAGUACUAUCAUGGAGUCAAUUUAAAAAGUUUAUUAAUGAAGCUCCUGAUUAUAUUUAUUUAACCAAGAAGGUUAUUGCGAUUUUCGGAGUAUCUGGGGCAAUUAGAGGUCAAGAAAUUUGUGAUUUAGCAGCACAAAAUGUCGAAGAUACGGGCACCCAGCUGAUUGUAACUGCUCUUAAAACGAAAAGUAAAUAUCUUUGGACAUUUGUGAUUGGCCUUGAAUUUCGUGAGAAAAUUCGUCAAUACCCGGCUCUCAGACCUAAGGACACAAGAACAGACAGAUUUUUCUUACAAUAUCAUCGCGUUGCAUGCAUACGUCAAGUCUUUGGGAAAAACUCGAUUGCUCAAGCUCCUAAAACCAUAGCUCUGUUAUGUUAA